AUGUCUAAUAUCAAAAGGGUUUUGGAUGGUUUUGCGGUGUUUGGGGGGAUUUUGAAGAAGGGUUUCAGCCCUGAUGUUGUGACUUUUACUUGUUUGAUUAAAGGUCUGUGUGUAGAGAAAAAGAUUGUGGAGUCAAGGGAGUUGUUUAAGAAAAUGGUUGCUGUUGGUUGUAGGCCUAAUGUGAUCACUUACAACACUCUAAUCCAUGGUUUGUGUUGUGUGGUUGAUUGGGAGGAGGGUAAAAGUUUAUUUAUAUUGAUGAUGGAUCAAGGUGUGCGGCCUUCUGUGGUGACUUUUAAUGUGGUCAUACAUAAAUGUUGCAAGAAAGGGAAAUUGGAUAGAGCAAAUAGGUUGUUAGAAUUGAUGAUUCAAAGAGAUAGAAUUGGUGAUGCAAGGGAGUUGUUUGACUCUAUAACUAGAAAGGGGUAUAGACCUAAUGUUAAGAUGAUUUCUGAAGGAAUUAGGCCCGAUGUGAUUACAUAUAACACUUUGUUAACCGGCCUUUUUCUUAAAGGUAAUGUAAAAGAUGCACGAAAUUUAGUUGGUGAGAUGCGACUUAAUAGUGCUUUUCCUAAUUUAAGGACAUAUAACAUUUUCAUUUAUGGACUUUGCAAGAAUGGUUGUGUUUUGAAAGCAGUGGAAGUGUUUAAUACUUUAGUAGAUAAUAAGUGUGCAGUUGGCAUUGAAAGCUUGAACUCCCUCAUCGAUGGAUUGUGUAAAACAGGGAGACUCAAAACUACUGGGGAGCUAUCUCAGAAAUUUUCUCUUCAUGAAAACCUAGUGCCGAACACUGUAACAUAUAGCAUUUUGAUUGAUGGGCUUUGUAAAACUGGACAACUAGAAAAGGCAAAUGAGUUGUUGUCACAUAUGGAGGAAAAAGGUUGUACUCCAAAAAUAUUCACAUUUACUCCGCUUAUGUUCAGUUUCCUCAAGAAUAAUGAGUUAUUAAAAGUUGUUGAACUCCUUCAUAAGAUGGCAGAGACAAAUGUUAGGCCAAAUAAACAUACAAUGUCCUUAGUCAUAGCAGUAUCCUUAUCAGGAGAGCAUUAUUUGAUAGCAUUGGAAUAUGAAACUGCAAAAGCUUCAUCUAGCUGCUCAACUGCUCUAUCUUUGUUAACAUACGAAGAAUACAGUUGA